CUAUCAUCAUACGCCGUGGACACACCGGGCAGAAGCAGCUCUUUUACCUCCCAUUAAUGUAAAAUAAAGUUUAUUAGGAUCAAAUAAAAUGGUUGGAAAGAUUAAACAUGUCCGUCAGAAGAUUCACCAGGAGGCUGUGAAGCUCGACAAGCCGAGCAGCAUCACUCACAGCCCGGCAAACGAGUCUCUAUCCCCGGGGUUGGAGAAACCUCCUGCUGCCUCGUUUUUCUUUUUGAAACCUCCACUGUUGGAAAAUAAGAAGAAUGACAUCCAGGCUGAUGUCAAACAGCAGACUGCUGCAGGAAGCUCGUUCCCCACUGGGAUCUUCGCCGGCACGAAAAUAACUCGGGAAGCUCUCGUACAGACGCUGAAGUUUGAGGAGCCUCCAGAUGUUCCCCCAGCUGCUCAGAAAGGCCCAGAGGAGAAGAAGCUGAAGACAAAGAAAGAGAAGAUGAAGGAGAGGAGAGAGAGAUGGCUCCACAAGAUCAGCUCUAUCAAACAGGCGAAGGAGCGUCAGGCAGCUGAGGCCCGGCGUCAGGCCACGCCCGUGGUGGGCGAUAUGAGGCCGCUCGCUGACGCCCUGCCGGAGCUCUCUCAGCUCAUCGCUCCCAUCGCCGCUGAUGCUGCCACCACCGCCCCCGCUGCUCGCCGCAAGAGCAGGAAGAACAAAGUUCCGGUGAAGAGGCCCGAGCCGACGGACUUCAGUCAGAUGAAACAGUCACAGAAACGCAAACUACUAGAGGAGGAGAUGAGCCGUUUUGGAGACGCGGUGAAGACUCUUUCAGCCAAAAUGAACCCUCUGGUGGACAUCGGGGAGCAGCUGAGGAAGAGGAUGAGGCAGGAGGAUGAGCAAGGUCCGAGCUAACAUCAGUGGAUAUAACGCUGAGAGAGACUGAAAGAUUUCCUCAAUGGAAAGAAAAGUCUGUAUUUUUACAUAUUUUUGGAGCUAAAUGAUGAAGAAAGGUGGUGAACGUCUCAGGAGGUGGACCGAUCCUGCAGCAUGUGAACAGGCUGAAAUGUCUGAACCAAUAUCGUUGAUGGAUUAGAAGUUGUUCUAUAAAAAUUAAGAAAAGAUCAAUAACUUUUUAUCACUCAAAAGAUCACGAUACAGCUGUUACAGCCAGUCUCCUUGCUGCAGGAUGAAGAAAUCUAUAAGAGCCUUUCAAAACAUUUUGUUUGCAUUAGUCAUUUGAGCCCUAAAAUGUGCAAAAAUAGAGCAAAGUUUUAAAAAGAAGCACCAGAGUCCCUCUCAAAGAGAUGAAUCUACACCUGAUUUCAUCACAGAAACCUUCUGAAUGACACAAGGACUCAGAGUGCAGCUUUUGCAAAUGUUGGCUGUGAUCCUUUAUCAUACUACCCACCUCCUAAGUACGACAGCACAUUAAUAAUCUUGUUUCAUGUGUCGUUUCUGUAAAUGCAGGCCCCGAUAUCCACUUUCAUAUUUCCCUCCUAAAUAAACCACAGCACAUUAA